CAUAUAAUUAACUAGACGCCUCGUUGGCCGCUCGACCGCACGUCAACGUCGCCGCCAUCUUGGUGCGGGCAUCUGUUCCAUAAUUCUCAUAAGUGGAAUCGAGAAAAUGCCUCAGUCGUGUGCUGCUUGGGGCUGUACAAACCGCCGCACAAUUGAAAAUAGGUCUCGGGGAAUUACUUUUCACAGGUUUCCCAAAAACAUACAGUUGAGGAGGCAGUGGGAAGUAGAUUUAAGAAGAGAAGAUUUUUCCGCAAGCGAGUCCUCCGUGCUAUGCAGUGAACACUUCAAGCCGGAGGACUUUGACAGGACAGGUCAAAUUGUGAGGAUUAGGGAUGGAGCUAAACCAUCGAUUUUCAGAUCCCCCCCUGUGGAAACCAGGAAAACAAAGACCUCAAGGAAAGCUGAGGAGAGCUGGUCAGUGGACUGUUCUCAGGAUUUCCAAGAGAUCGAUCCUCCUCUGCCUAAUGUUGAUCACUCCUAUGCAUUGCCUGCAUCACCUGCUGUUCUAAAGACUAGACUCUGUGAAGCCUUGGCUAGAGUGGAGAGUCUGGAGCACGAGUUGAGGAAUGUCAAAGACCGGGAACAGAGGGCAAAGAAGACGGUGCAUGAUUUUCUAGAGGAUCUGAAGGGAAAGAACCUCAUAAAUGAAGAUCUGAAAGAGAGACUUGGUUUCUACUCUGAUCUUCCGGUAGACCUCUUGUCAAAACAGGGCCAUGAGUAAACAAAAGAGCAGAGGGAGUUUGCCCUCACUCUUCAUUUACAUGGUCCAAAAGCCUACAAUUAUUUGAGGAAAUCUCUUCAUCUUGGCCUCCCACAUCCACAUACAUUACAGAGGUGGAUGAUUUCUGUGGAUGCCAAGCCUGGCCUCAACAUGAUGAUGUUGGACAUGCUGAAAAGACGACAAGAGGAAGACCCAGCUAAAUAUGGAUGUGUAACUCUGAUGUUGGAUGCCAUGGCCAUCAAGAAACACAUCC